GGAAGCGCGCGACACAUCCGGGGAAGAACGGCCAUCUUGUUCCUUAAGUUCGACGGGAGAAGAACAGAAGAGAUGGCAGACUACAGUAACGUGGCGCCACCGUCCUCUAAUGCCGGCGGCGGAAUGAAUGACGCCUUUAAAGACGCGCUUCAACGAGCGCGACAGAUCGCAGCCAAGAUUGGAGGCGAUGGCGUUGCGGCACCUACAACCAACGAAUUCAACUACGGAGGCCAGAAAAGGCCCUUGGAAGAUGCUGGUGGGUAUUUUCCCAUGCCUAACCUCAAUCUAGAUCAACCAGAGACAAAGAAAGUAGCUCCAAGUGACCCCUUUUCCGCAGGCAUGGGAGGAAUGGGUGGUCCACCAAGGUCAGCGUCAGAGGAGUUCAAGGUUCCUGAUGGAAUGGUUGGAUUCAUUAUUGGAAGAGGCGGAGAGCAGAUAUCUCGCAUGCAGCAAGAGUCUGGGUGCAAAAUACAGAUUGCCCCUGACAGUGGCGGUAUGCCUGAAAGGUCUGUGACAUUAACAGGAUCACCAGAUGCCAUCCUGACUGCAAAGAGGCUCCUCACAGAGAUUGUUGAGAAGGGACGGCCAACACCAGCAUUCCACCAUAACGACGGCCCAGGCAUGACUGUUCAGGAAAUCAUGGUUCCAGCCUCUAAAGCAGGCCUGGUCAUCGGCAAGGGAGGAGAGACAAUCAAGAGCCUUCAAGAACGAGCUGGAGUGAAGAUGGUCAUGAUCCAGGAAGGACCACAGAACACAGGUGCUGACAAACCUCUCCGUAUUUCAGGAGAACCCUUCAAAGUUCAGCAAGCCAAAGAAAUGGUGAUGGAGCUCAUCCGAGACCAGGGAUUCAGGGAGCAGAGGGGAGAAUAUGGUUCUAGGAUGGGAGGAGACAGCUUGGAUGUCCCUGUCCCCAGGUUUGCAGUGGGAAUUGUCAUUGGGAGGAAUGGCGAGAUGAUCAAGAAAAUCCAGAGUGACACAGGAGUUAGGAUCCAGUUUAAGCAGGAUGAUGGCACCACACCAGAGCGGAUAGCCCAGAUCAUGGGUCCUCCCGACCAGGCCCAGCAUGCAGCAGAGAUCAUCUCUGACUUGCUUAGGAGUGUCCAGGCUGGUGGGCCCCCGGGCCAUGGAGGAGGCAGAGGCCGGGGUCGUGGGCAGGGCAACUGGAACAUGGGCCCUCCUGGUGGUCUCCAGGAAUUCACCUUUACUGUCCCAACCAUGAAGACAGGGCUUAUCAUUGGAAAAGGGGGUGAGACGAUCAAAGGCAUCAGUCAACAGUCUGGUGCUAGGAUUGAGCUGCAGAGGAACCCUCCACCCAAUGCUGACCCCAACAUCAAGAUGUUCACUGUCCGUGGCUCACCUCAGCAGAUAGACUACGCCAGGCAGCUGGUAGAGGAGAAGAUUGGAGGACCAGUUACUCCAAUGGGAGGCCCCCAUGGCCCACCUGGUCCACAUGGAGGUCCGGGCCCACAUGGCCCUCCUGGGCCCCCUGGACCCCCUGGGGCUCCUAUGGGCCCCUACAAUCCUGGACCAUAUAACCAGGGACCUCCAGGUCCACAUGGUCCUCCUGCGCCUUACCAGCCUCAGGGAUGGGGCAAUGGCUUCCCACACUGGCAGCAGGGCCAGCCUGAUCCCAGUGCAGACAAAGCAGCAGCUGAUGCCAAUGCUGCAGCUUGGGCAGCCUACUAUUCCCAGUAUAGCCAGCAGCCUCAGGCUCCUAUGACCCCCACCAGCGGAGCCCCUGGGACGACACAGACCAACGGCCAAGGUGACCCGCAGGCUCCAGGUCAGAGUGGACAGGCAGAUUACACCAAGGCCUGGGAGGAAUAUUACAAGAAAAUGGGUCAACAGAACCAGCAGCCCCAAGACUACACGAAAGCCUGGGAGGAGUAUUAUAAGAAACAAGGACAAGCUGCCCCUCAGGCCGCAGCACCGGCUGCUGCCUCCCAGCCAGGAAACCAGCCAGACUACACUGCUGCCUGGGCAGAGUACUACCGGCAGCAAGCAGCAUAUUACGGCACAGCCAGCCCUCAGGCUAUGGGCGCAGCACCACAGGCCCCCCAGGGCCAGUAAUGUGAAGUGGACAUAAAGUAAAUGCUACAUUGUCGAAACAAAAUCCUUUGUUAAAUGUUUGGAUGCAGACGCCUUGAUGAAGAUCUUAAAUUUCCUUGGUUUGAAAGUGUUUCACAUAGAUGGCAGAUAUCCUGGCAUACACGUCCCUUUUUUUUCUUUUAUUGUUUUUCUAUUUCUUGUAAAUGCUUUGUUUUUAGUGAAGUAAUUAAACAUAUGGUCAUUCCAGCCCUGUAUCUACAUACAAUGUGGUUAGAGCUCAUGUUUAUGGAACUGUAGUCAUUGCCAUGUAAAUCAUCUCAGUUUUAAAUGCUAUUCCUGUUGUGUUUUGCAAUAAAACAAAAUGAAACCUCC